AUGGACAAGAAAGAACCGAAAAUUUUCGUGGACGUGGACGAGGGCGUGGCAAUUUCCGGCCGAGACCACCAAGAAAUACAGGAAAUAAUCAUCUUAGAGAGACGCUCAUUCCGGCAAAUGCUUCAAAUUCCGAAUUUACAUUCAACGCGAAUGCGACGCCGUUUGUUCCCUGCUGCAUACCGCCCGAAAAUUCGAACCAAAAUAAUCGAGGACGAAGAAAUCCGAGGAAUCGAGGGUCAAGAAAUGAGCUCCCGGCGAAUGCUGAACGCGGCACACGACAUCCGCAACGAGCUCGAAGACCCAGAACACAAAGGAACCAUCAUGAAGAUCAAACGCUAA